AUGCCUCUCGCUCAUCUACAGCAACGGUCCCUGUUUGGGGUGCACAUGGUUUAUAUGCGACUCGAACGGGGGGAGAAUGGCAAUCCUCACCACUCGCACCAAGGGCAUGUCCACGACAGCGCCGCCAACUACACCACCGCCAACAGACCCGACGCCAAAUCCAUCACCAACCAACCCAACACCGGUACCACCCCCGUCGCCGCCGGCUCCUACCGGGGCAAUUGUCGGAGGGGUCGUAGGAGGAGUCGCCGCCUUGGCUUUGAUGGGUAA